AUGUCCCAUGAGGUGUUUCAGUACCAAAGGCAGAAGAUGUUUUGGGAUGAAAGCUGGAUCAUUGACUUUAAUCAAAUUAAACAAGAUAACUUCAUGGCUCGAAAUGCAACAGGGAGCACUGUCCGCGCUGUCAGUGAUUCAAAUGCUAGUUGUACCACCGCUUUGAGCUCUUGCACAGCACCUGUUGGCACUUCAAGAAAGCAUUUCUUCACUCUUACUGGAAGAUAUGAUGGCAGAAUAGUGGCCAUUAAGAAAAUCCAGAAGAAGACCUUCACCCUUUCUAAAACCAUUCGCAGGGAAGUAAAACAGAUCAGAGACCUUGACCACCCAAACCUCUGUAAAUUUAUUGGAGGCUGCAUAGAAGUGCCCAAUGUUGCUCUCAUUACAGAAUAUUGCCCAAAGGGGAGCUUGAAUGAUGUACUUAUUAGUGAAGACAUACCUCUAAAUUGGGGCUUCAGGUGA